AUGGAGGUCCUUUUGUCGCGCCUGACCCAGCAGGCAAUGAAUUAUGCCAUUCGCUCUGGAAUUGCAAUCACCGCAAGCUACGCCAUACGCCAGUCUUCACGUUUGCUCAAAAAUGUAGAUAGCGAAGAUCGUGAUGAGCUUCUCUCUUUGCAGCAGCGCUUAGAGAGCAAGAUCCAGGUCAUUUCCCCAUCAAUUGACAUGAUUGAAUUGAUUGCCGCUCGAGGCAAUACAUCUCUUGAAUCGGCUGUCACUCUUACAAAAUCCCUGAGAUGGGAAAUUCAGGCCCUUGGGCAGCGAUUAGCCAAAGCCGCCUCAUCCGAAGAAAUCUCACGCAAGGGCCCCAAAUCUUCCCGAGACCAGGCAGUCAUAGAUGCCCAAGUGAAGGCCGUCAUCAAGGACAUCAAGAGGCUUCUAGCUCGGAUCGAGGAUGCAGUGCCACUGAUGAACUUAGCCAUCACUACCUCGGGUGCCAAGCUAUCCACCAACUUGCCAUCGACCGUGUCACCAUCUCGCCUUCUCCAAGCGAGCACUUUUCUGACUGCUGGCGAUACUCAAUACUCAAUGUCAGAUUCUCAUGCCGUUCAGAUAGGACCGACAUUCACCCUUUCGAUGUACAUGCUAUUUGCAGGCCACGUACGCCCUCAUGACCAGGAGUCUGUCCGCGAGGCCACAUGGAAAGAGGUUAUGCAUAAAGCACGCCUGAAGCUUCGACGGGUUCCAAUGAAUCUAUACUAUUCUGAUGAUCGGACCAAGUCAACGGAGCUUCCCGGUUCUGCGGGUACUGACGAGUAUGCCUAUCAGGUUCUUAUCAUCGAGGAUUUUGAUGACGGAAGAGUUCACUCCUUUGAAGAAGGUGAACCGCAUCCCCAGGCCUGUGAAGGUGUCGCCAGCGCUGGUAUCCGAGAGAUUCUUUCAAUCCACCAAAUCUCAAAGAUCUUCUAUGCGGACACAGGCAGAAUUUUGAAUAUCAGUACUGAGGGAGAAACAAAUAACCCUGUGCUACUCCUCAAGAGAGACUUGAAUGCUCUCCCGCCUCGCCGUAUGAUGGAACGUGACGAUUCUGAAGAUGACUUUGCACCCGAGCCAGAAGAGGGAGGCCCGGAGCAAGACGAAGAGCAGGCGCUACUUGACGCACAAUUGCAUGGCGGCGAUGGCUCAGCACACCAAAGCUUCAGCUCCCUUCACGAAGACUCCAUCCCCGAGGAAUGGCGACUUCCUCCCGGUCUCGACCCAGAAUGGAUUGCAUUUGAAGUCUACAACGAGGAUGAAUCCUCUGAUACUGAGUCCGAGGCAGACAACCCGACAACAGAAAACACGGUCGACAAGAUGGCCAAACUAUCUCUCAAAGACAAAAGUGAUGCCCAAUCCCCAUCACCAUCCAGACCAACCUCUUCCACACAGCCCGCAAUCACCACAACCGUUACCAACCCUCUUUUCGAAAACAUCCGCACAUCACUUUCUCUCCUCGAAACCCUUCUCCGACUAACCUCCCUCCAACAAUUUCAACAACAAUCCCACCUCUCCAUCAGCGAUGAACUCCUCAACUUCUUCCUGGAAGAAUCAUCCACAACCGGCGCCGGUGGCGACGAACAACAUCGCCAACGCCUCCGCCACGAAGCACGCCGCCGUGUCGGAUGGGAUCCUUACGAUGAAAGCCCCGUCAAACACCGUGGCGAAGAUUAUCAAUACGGUUGGGAAGCAGGUAGUCCCUCUGGGUAUCCACAAGAAGACGAAGGGCCCUACUCACCCGGAGGCAUGUCGCGUGGAUUCCAGCUUCGAUCGCGGGAAAGUACACCGGAAACUCCGCAGCGUCGGGGUUCGCCUGGGAGGAGAGGUCCGAGUGGGUUGCGGGGCAUGACGCCUGCGUAUGCAGAUAAUUCGGAGCCUGGACAGAGUUCGCCGCUUGCUAGGAAGGGGGGUACUUCGAGGGAUGGAAGUGCUGGGCCUGGAACUGCGGAAUAA